GAAGUAAUUAGUUGGAGCUACGUCAAGACAAGUCCAGAGCCUCAAAAGUCAAAAAGUGUGUGUCAUGUAGUUUGAAGCACGACUAUUGUACUACUCCCUGGUUUGAAGUACUGCCUUGGUAUCGGACCUCUGAAGAACAAGAGCUAACAUCUUCUGAGCUAACAUCUUCUUCUGUUACUACUAGAGUGUAAUUCCCCGUAGUAUUAAAAGCUUCUCGGUUCUAGGGUGAACUAUUUCGCUUAUUUUUCUAACAAGAACAAUUGUGAAGUGCCUUCAAACUUCCUUCUUCUCCAAGCAAUAUUCCCUAUCAAGUUUCCAUAUUAAAUAUAUAGCUUCAUGCGAAGUUGUAGCCUAGAAACUCCUCGACGCUGAGAAGAUGAGUGCUGCACGCAGUUCACGGAAGAAAUCGCCUGUUGGUGCUACGAAUCGUCUGAAGCAAGACUAUCUCAGGAUCAUGUCAGAUCCAGUUCCGUAUAUUCAGGCUCAGCCUCUGCCCUCGAAUAUCCUUGAAUGGCAUUACUGUGUAAAAGGCCCCGAGGAUUCACCGUAUGCAGGGGGUUACUAUCAUGGAAAACUAGUCUUUCCACCGGACUAUCCGUUCUUGCCACCGAAAAUCAUGAUGCUCACUCCCAAUGGUCGCUUCAAGACGGGGACAAGAUUAUGUUUAUCGAUAUCGGAUUUUCAUCCGGAUACCUGGAAUCCAGCGUGGUCUGUAUCCACCAUCUUGACUGGCCUGCUAAGCUUCAUGUUGGAAGACACGCCAACACUAGGAAGUCUCAGCACCUCAAAAUUCCAUAAACGUACACUAGCACAGCAAAGUGGAGAGUACAACCUCAAAAACCCAACGUUCUGUGAACUAUUUCCUGAUCUGCUGGAGGAAAUUAAAAAGCAGAGUGAAUCAUCGGAAGAAAACGGCGCCGACACAAAGGUAGCACCAUCGAAAGAGGAAGGAGCAGUGCAGGGGACGAAGUCCGAGUCCGAGUCUGAGUCCGAGUCUGAGCCUGAGUGGGAGCAGGAGCCCGAGUUUGAAGAAGACUGAAGCUGCCACACUUUGAUCAGGAUAAUUGUUUAAAAAUAACAAAGGAACGGACAUUGCGCGGGAGCUUUUAUAGCACGUACGCGCCCUUUGUAGUCCCCUAUGUUCUCUUGCUGUUGUUGUUGUUGCUGUCCUCUUCCGUUCUACGUAGGCACGUGCACUUCAAUUUAAAAAAAAUUUAAAAAGAUGAGGCAGGUGCACUUUCAUUUAAAAAAGAUGAGGCAUGUGCAGACGCUGCAGGGUACAAUGACCGGAUGGGGAGCAGACUUCUUCUGCUUUCCACUCGGCCAUUGUGAUGUGAACCCACCUCUAUCGCUGAGUGUACAUUGUACCUGAGUCCUCAUCCUCUGCCUCAGUGUGUCUGCCCUAUAUGCUGUUUCUUUGUCGAGCUGGAUCACCAAGUCUCUGUUCUAACCGUUUUUGUUUCGAACGAUCCCGGCCUUAAAGCUACCUCUCAGUCAAGUGUGUACCUCAUGUUUUGGGUACUUUGUCAGUGUGUCUGCUGCAUCUUCAUUGUGCAUACAUGUAUGCUUCUUUGUCGAAGAUGAACUCCGCAAUCGAACAUGUGUUGCUCAAUCUUCAGCUGCGUCCCACUUGGUUGCUAUGUAUGCGUCUUUGUCGAAGAUGAACUCCGUAAUUGAACAUGUGUUGAUCUUCAGCUGCGUCCCAUUUGGUCGCUAUGUAUGCGUCUUUGUCGAAGUUGAACUCUGUAGUCGAACAUGUGUUGCUCAAUCGUCUUCUGCUUCCCACUUGGUCGCUGUGCUGUGCACACUUCUUCAUCUGCUGCGGCACAUAAUAGUAUGGUACCUCAUAUUCUGUCUAUUUGGCCAAUUAGGUAUUCAGCUUCUUGAUCUUAUGCUGAGGAUCAUCUUGAUCUUAGGUCUUGCGUUACUCUUGCAAAGGAAGUAAUUGGAGCCACUA